CAGCACCAUGCGACAUUGUCACUUCCCGCAACUCGCUUUCGCACCCGAGACAUGGCUAUGAAGCGGCCAUGGACUUCACUAGACGAUGCGUCAGCCGAGUCAGGGCAUUCAGCGCUGCCAGCUAGUGAUGGGACCGCCAUGACCCAUCCCGCCGAGCGCACCAGUAAUGGUCUAGGCUCGACUCUGUCGCAUCGUGACUACACGAUCGCCUGGAUCUGCGCCCUUCCUGUGGAGCUCGCGACCUCGCGGCUGAUGCUCGACGAUGAGCACGGUACUUUGGACGCCUUGGACGCCGACGACAACAGCUACGUCUUUGGUCGCGUUGCGGACCACAAUGUCGUCAUGGCCGUCCUCCCAGGAGUCUACGGCAAAGUGAAUGCGGCGGGUGUCGCAAAGGAUCUGAAACGAACCUUUCCUAACAUCCGUGCGACCCUCAUGGUUGGCAUCGGCGGUGGAGCACCUGGAGAGGCCGAUUUGUACCUGGGGGACGUGGUCGUCGGGACCCGAGUUAUGGAGUACGAUCUCGGCAAGGCCAUGGAGAACGGGGGCUUCGAGGUAACGGGCAUCCCCAAGCAACCGUCGCCCUUGCUGCUCGCCACCGUCACAAACCUAAGGUCCAAGCAUGAACACGACCAGUGGUCAUCCAGAGCUCUUGCCUUGUUACAAACACGACUCUCCCGGUUUCCUCGUCCUACCCAGCCAGACCAACUCUUCCAAGCGAGCUACCCACACCCUCCGGGCGCUAACACAUGCCAGCAAUGCGACCUCAGCAGGCUACAGCCUCGGAGGCAAAGACUUGGAGACAGCUUCCAGAUCCACUACGGUGGCGUAGCGUCUGGCGAUAGCGUCAAUAAGGAUGCUCGUAAGCGAGAUACAGUAGCGCGCAAGCUCGACAUCAAGUGCUUCGAGAUGGAGUCGGCAGGUAUUAUGGACAGCCUUGCAUGCCUCCCGAUCAGAGGGAUAUGCGACUACUCCGACUCCCACAAGAACAAGGUUUGGCAGCCGUAUGCUGCGGCAACGGCAGCUUCGUAUGCAAGGGAGCUGCUGGAAAACAUUCCGCCUUUGGCAACCACCCGCCAGAGCCCAUCACUUGCAACAGAAAAGCCGGCGACGAGCGGCUCGAUCUCUCGCACAGUUCACCAGAGGAAGGAUAUCUUGAAACUGCUCGAGUUCCCACGAAUGAACUCGCGCAAGUCUGCGAUUCAAGCCGAGCAGAGCAAGACCUGCCGUUGGUUCCUGGCUCACCCGAAGUACGCAAGAUGGGCCGGCCAGAACGGCCAUGAUUCCUAUCGCAGCUCGUUCUUGUGGAUGCGGGGCAAAGCAGGGACAGGUAAAUCGACUAUGAUGAGAUUUCUGGACCUGGAAGCGAGGAAACGGCAUUCAGACAUUGUCAUCUCUUACUUCUUUAAUGCCCGCGGCGAGCUCGUAGAAAAGUCCAUCACGGGAAUGUACCGCUCCCUCUUGAGUCAGCUUCUAACACUAGCCCAGAACCUGCAACAUGUCCUAGAUGGCUUAGAGCUGCCCUUGACUGGCGAGCACUUUAAGCCGGAUCUCCAGACGCUCAAAACCGUGUUCCAAGAGGCGAUCAUGAUGCUGGGGAGGCGAAGGCUCGUCUGUUUCAUAGACGCACUCGACGAGUGCGACGAAAACGACGUCAGGGACAUGGUCCAGUUCCUCGAUGAUCUCACAGAGUCGACAACAGAGGCGGGCAUUCACUUCCGCGUGGCAUUCUCAAGCCGGCCAUAUCCGUACAUUCAAGUCGACGAGGACCAUCUCAUCACUCUCGAGAACGAGGAAGGGCACGCCGCCGACCUUGUCCAGUACGUCGCGAAACGGCUCAGGGUACCCAAGAAGACGCACGCCGAGCUCGAACACCUCAUCCUUGCCAUGGCCUCUGGUGUCUUCAUGUGGGUCGUUCUCGUCGUCGAAAUCCUUAAUAAAGAGGCCAGUCGUGGCGGGCUCGCCCUUCGCCGCCGGCUGUCCGAGAUCCCGCCCACCUUAAGCCAGCUGUUCAAGGAGAUACUCACGCGCGACCAGGAACGGCCAGAACAGUUGCGGCGGUGUAUCUUGUGGGUUCUGUGUGCAAACCGGCCCCUCACGCCCAGCGAGUUUUGCCACGCCAUGUGGGCAGGCGGCUUGAGUAGCAGCGAGGUGGACGACGAAGAGCUGCCCGACACGGAAGACCAGGAGCUCAAUGUGGCUCUCGCCACGAGCGCCUCCAAGGGCCUGGUCGAGGUCAUACGCGUGCGCAACAAGCAGACCUCUGUGGUCCAGUUCAUCCACGAGUCUGUCUCUGACUACCUCGUGAAGGAGAGAGGCCUGCAGGAGCUGUGGCCAGAUCUCGGGUUUGAGUGGGAGGGCCCCAGCCAUGAGAUCUUACGGGCCUGCUGCGAGUCGUAUCUAAACCAUCCUCGGAUCUUGGAGAUAAUCAAGGGCUACAGCGGGAUGGGCACUGAUUACGACAACGGACAGCCAGCGUUUGUGACGGAUGAGUGGACUCGGUUUGUUCUCACCGUGAUCGAGCGACACAGCCCAGAUAACCCGAGCUUCGAAGCAGCUCUCGCAAAGGGUUACAGAUUCUUGCAGUACGCGACCCAGAACAUCCUUUACCACGCCGAUCGGGCUGCACUGUACACGCCACAGCACAGCUUCCUCGCCCGGUUCUUCGGCAGGUUGGGCGCUCCAGCCUUGGACUGCUGUCAGCCCGUCAAGAAUCGACGCUACGGCGACCGGGCGGAUGGAGUACAUGUCUUGGUUGACAAAACACUGUACAACCUCAUAUCCACGUGCACAAUCAACUAUGCACUGUUGGAUCGUAAAAGGCAGCUCGGGGAGGAAGCCCACCACUAUCUAUGCCACAGCGACUCCUUGAUUGUGGAAGCCGCCUCGAACGGCAACAAAAGGCUCGUUGCUGCCCUCCUAGGUCUCCCGUCCUCCAUCUAUCAGGGCAAAGACUUACUAGAGGGUCUUGACGGCGCGAUGAAUGUGGCCCGCAUCAGCCCUGCGUCUUGGGCCGCCGAGGAAGGUAGAAUAGAGCUGCUCGAGGUGCUAGCUCGUAAUGCAUACUCUCUGUCACGGGUAGACCAACCGGGGUACACGCCGAUAUCCAGAGCGGCGCGGAACGGCCACACAAAGACGGUGCGGUUCUUGGUGGAGCACGGCGUGUCCGUCGCGUCCACAGACUCGUUUGGAUGCACGCCGCUGCUCCGGGCUGCGGAGAGCGGCCGCACGGCGACGGUGCAACUGCUCCUCGACCUCGGCGCCGCGGUCAACGACGAGUCCUACAACGAGGCGGUGCGCUGGUCCAUCAUCCGAGGCCACGGGAACGCGGCGAUGGUGCUUCUCCGGAGAUGCAGGGCAUGGAACAAGAUGCCCGUGGAGGACUGGACACGCCUUGCGGAGCGCUUCGGGCAUGCAGAGGUGGCGCAGUUGAUUGACGAGAGAAGCACCCAGUCUGCGGUCAGUAGGCAGCUCAGACUUGAGGCGGCGCAGAACAGAAGACGGAUAGCGUCGGCAGCAGCACAACCACAACCACAACCCCCGUGAGGAGUGCCAGGCCCUGGAGACGACGGCACCGAAUGCUCAGGCGGACACACCAAGUCCCCGUCCCGAGACAAAGUAGAAGCAUGACAUUAGUAGCAAUCACGAUAGGCUUGACUUCUGCAAGAGUAUCUUGAGAUCAAUAAUAGAGAUCAAGAGACAAUAUCCACGGUAGUGUUUAAGAGUAGCAUGUCGAGCUUUGCCGAGUAAUGUCGGCAAGGAGAGCCUCCUAUAUGUGCGUUUCCCGGUGCUCUUUUUGAACGGGGGAGCCGGAAGUCGUUAGGCUCCUUGUUGCUGUAUCCGUGCGCAUCUAGAAGA